CCCGAUCCCAUAGUCGACUACGGCCUUACGUUUUCUCUUUUUCUCUCACCUGAGGAGGGUGGCAAAUCAUCGCUGAGCUCCGCUUCCGGCGCCAACAGUUGUGUACAUUGUUUGGUUAAUGGUGGCAAUGAGAUCGAAGUGAAUUCUGAAAAUGUCUUUGAAUUUGUUAAACGUUAUACUUCAUUCAAGAUGUUUGACGCUAUUAAGGAGCCACUACAGCAAAUGCGAGCAGGUGUAUUCGAUGUACUUCCAAGAAACGCUCUUGAUGAUCUUACGACCGAAGAUCUUCGCUUAUUGUUAAAUGGGGUAGGAGAAAUCAACGUCGAUACAUUAGUUAGUUAUACAACAUUUAACGAUGAGACAGGGGGAGGUACGCAGCAAAUGCAACCACAAGAUUCUUCAUCGGUUUCCAGUAAACAAAUAAACAACAAUGAUCGUGUUGCUCGUCUUAAGCGCUGGUUCUGGAGCACUGUUCGUGCAAUGGAUAUAAAACAGCGUCAAGAUCUGGUAGGUUGUAUACUUAAUUAA